GAGGACUCAGGGCAGCAGAUGGUCCAACACUGCAGCGUGGCAGCCCACCAAUAUAAGGACUUUUGUUUUGAGGUGUGGCAGUGCGGCGGCAGUGUCGAGGUCCUGCCCUGUGCUCGCAUCGCCCACAUCGAGCGCGCUCACAAACCCUACACGGAGGAUCUAACGUCUCACGUGCGGCGAAAUGCCCUCAGAGUUGCGGAGGUUUGGAUGGAUGAGUUCAAAAGCCACGUGUACAUGGCCUGGAAUAUUCCUGUGGAGGACUCUGGGAUUGAUAUCGGCGACAUCUCUGAGAGGAAGGCACUGAGGAAGAGGCUGCAGUGUAAAACCUUCCGAUGGUACUUGGUCAACAUCUACCCUGAGAUGAGGAUGUACAGUGAAACCAUCGCAUAUGGAGUACUGAAAAACUCUCUGAAGAACGAUCUGUGUCUGGACCAGGGACCUGACAAUGACAAUGUUCCCAUCCUGUAUCUCUGUCACGGGAUGACGCCUCAGAAUGUGUACUACACCAGUACCCAGCAGCUGCAAGUCGGGCUCCUCAGUCCCACUGUUGACGAUGACGACAACAAGUGCCUGGUGGAUGUGAACAGCAGACCUCGCCUCAUCGAGUGCAGCUACGCUGCGGCCAAACGCAUGAAGCUCCACUGGCUCUUCACUCAGGGAGGAUCCAUUCAGAACAGGAAAUCAAAGAGAUGCCUAGAGCUCGUAGCGAGCACAGACAAUGAGUUCGGCUACCAACUGGCUCUGCAGAAGUGCACUGGACAGAAAUGGUUCAUCACAAACGUUCUGUUUAGCAGCUUAUUAUGAUCGACUGCUGAAAGGAACACCUGACCAAAAAGCACACCGAACUGGAUGAGGUUCAUUUUUUUUGUAUGUGUGCACAUGUGUAUGCGCGUCUGCGUGUGUGACUGGCGCAUGGUUGAGCAUGUUUUUUUUUUUUAGCACUGCGAUGUCCUCUGAGCAGUCGACAUCACAUCACAAAUGUUAAACAUUUUAUUUAGCCUACAGGAUCCACCAUCGUUGGCGGACAUUUUGAAGAUUUGACAAGGUAGUAUAUUUAGUAUAUUUUGUGGUAACAACAGUACAGUCAGAUUUUUGUUGACUUGAAAGAUGUAAUGGGUUCAGUAUGUUUUUGUACUUUGUUCAUAUUUGCUACCAUGUAGCAAGUUCUCUGAACCUGUCCCUGCUGUAAUUAUGUUCUUUUAGUGUCUCAGGUUUGUAGGUUUAUUAUGAGAUUCAUCUGUACAAUUGUGGGAAAACGUUGGAAUAAAUCUGAAAACAAUAGAUAAUUUUCUAAAUGUAAAUAUUUCCAAUGUUUGUCAUAUAAAACAGUAAAUUGAUGAUUACUGAUGUAAA